GCCAUAAAAUCCAAAAAAAAAAAAGAAAACUUGAUUUACGAUUGUUGAGUGUUGACAAAAGUUUUCUUACACAAUAUUUACAAAUCCGUACAAUUAUACCUUUCGAUGUAAUUUUUUAAACUCUCUUCAGUCUAUAUAUUGUUUCAUCAUGGUUUACGUCAAUUCAGAUGGAUCAAUUGUGAAAAAACCACCUUUUACUUCAUUCCAAUGGUUCUGGGGGAUAAUUAACUUCAUUUAUUAUUUUUUUCAGUCCCUCAUAAAUCCAAACUUCAAUAAGCAUGGCAACAAGUAUGUGACAGAUUAUCGUCCACCUGGAAGUGGACCACCAAAACCACCUUAUCGGAAAUUAGGUGGAUUUGGACCCUCAUCAUCAGGGCCACCUCCUCCACCAAUGGGAGGCUGUGGAUGUGGUGGGUGAUUCAAGCUAUCAAUAUGUUAAAUGAAAAUAAUAUCUAUUAAAAUAUAUUAAUAAAUUGUUUUAAGGCUUCUAUUAAACACUUAGUUCCAUAUAAACAUCUGUGAUUACAGCAAUAAAUCUUUAAUUUCUAUGAAUUCACCAGUAAGGAAGCUUUAAUAAUUGAAUCUGUUUUACUCAUUAUAUUCAAUAAAUAAAAGAUAUACUUUUUA